AUGACGACAAACUGUGUGGCGAAGGACGCGUUGAACACGCCCGUCUUUACGCGUUUGAAGAACAAGCGCAUCGUGCUUGCGAGCGCGAGCCCGCGCCGCACCGAGAUCCUGGCGACAGCGGGCCUGCAUCCGGAAGUCGUUCCGUCGACCUUUAAGGAGGACCUUCCGAAAAGCGAGUUUAUUGGCGAUGGCGUGUUCGAGUACCCCGUGCACACUGCCUCGUGCAAGGCGCUCGAGGUGUACGAGCGCCUGGUGAACGACUCGCCGGCGAAUCCGCCGGACCUGGUGAUCGGGGCCGACACGGUCGUGGUGGCCCACGAGCAGAUCCUCGAGAAGCCGCUCGACAAGACAGACAACCUGCGCAUGCUCGCGGACCUAAGCGGAAACUCGGUGACGGUCAUCACCGGCGUCGCGUUUGUGCAUCCCAUUCUCACCUCCCCCGGCUACAAAGUGCGGUCGCUGUGCGAGCAGACGCGCGUGAAGUUUGCCGAUAUCCCUGCCGAUGUCCUCCAAGCAUACGUCGAGCACGGCGAAGGCCACGACCGCGCCGGCGGCUUUGCGAUCCAGGGCAAAGGCGCCAUGCUCAUCAAAGGCAUCGAGGGCGACUACAACAAUGUGGUUGGUUUCCCCCUCUUUUCGUUCAUGGAUCUCCUGCACGAGCUCGUCGAGGACGAGGAGCUGGAUCUGGAAGGAACUGGCAUGUAG